AUGUCCCGCGGUGCGCACGAGCAGCGGCUGGUUGGAUCUGUUCCCACUCCCGUGCAAGAAGCACGCCGAGUGCCGCAACCUAAUGGGAAAACAGCACCUCUGCUGCAAGGGAUUCUGUACCAAGGGCAUUGCCUUGCAACAACGUAUUCGUUUCAUAUAAAAACCGCACCUAAUUUGCACGGUUUUGGUUGUAGAACCAACGAACAGAAUGGUAGUAUAGACGCGAGUAGCACAAGCACCAGCACCAGCACAUCUACGAGCACUACCACCAGCACCACUUCUACCACAACAACUACAACUCCGAGUACCACCAGCUCGACGACGACCACCACGACGACGACAACGACGACAACCACACCGCGCCCUACCACGGAAGCGCCGCGUCCCUUCCUGCAGUUUCUUCCGAUUCUGACUACACAGGCUGCUCCCAUCAACAAAUCUGCUAAGACAAGCGCAGGCAAGGCGCAGAAACUGGUCUGCCCAAAAGGACAAACACCGCUGUUGCUGUUCCCCAUCCCGUGCGAGAACAACGCCCAGUGUCAGACGAGCAGUGGCGCCGACCAAGUGUGCUGCAACAAAGUCUGUGUGAAGGGUGUACCUCCGCCCCGUCCCAAGCCGUCAACGAAGAAUCAUCAACGUAGGAGUCUUUUUUAUACUUUCCUAUUAUGUAACACUGCAUUCGCAGAGCAUUAUUUUCACGCGCACUAUUCAUAACUGAAACAACCUUAAACGAUUUUAUCACGUUUGUAUUUUCUUUUAUGACGUUUCGGACACUACAGGUUCCGUGUUAACAUAAGACUAAGGUGUUGAGUGUCUUUUUUCAACACUAAAUCAAUUAUUCAAACCAAAUAUUCAAGGUAAUCAUUUUAAUAAACAAUGGAAAAUCUACGCCCGACUUCAAUAACAGUUUCUUGAAUAAUUACACCGCUUUUAAGAUGAGUAGGUAUUAUUUCUUACUUUUUUGUUAUUUUUUUUUUUUAGUAAAACAGAUAAAAAUAUUAAAUACUCAAGUUUUUCAAUAAAUUAAACCAACCAAUUUAUACAAAAAAAAAAAUUUAAUGACAAUACUUCAUAAUAAGUCCUAAGGGUUUCUCAUUAUAAGACCAGGGGGCCAAUUCAAAUAAAUAAAUUUUGUUUAAAUCGAAUCGAAACAGAUCGAAACCGAACGAAACUACAGUUUUUAAUGGUUUUCCUAUUCUACAAAGUGACAUACGAUACAAUUUCAGUUAUAUUUUAGCUGGAAUUGUAUUGUAUGUCACUUAGUAGAAUAGAAAAACCAUAAAAAACUGUAAUUUCUAUCAGUGGGCAGUUCAUUAGUGAAGUUUUGAUACGAAAGUUGUGUAGGUAGAAAAAAAGCAAAUUAAUAAAUUAUUCCUAUCGAACCAACUCAAAAGUUGUUUCGAUGAGAAAGAAAACUAGUUGAUCCGUUUCGUUAGUCAGUUCAGUUGGUCGGAAUGGAAUAUUUUUUUCUUAAAACAAUAUGUGAUCAACCAGUUAGUCAUAUUGGAAUAAAUCCCUUCAUCGAGUUCCAUUCUGCACAACCAGUCGGUCAGUUUAGUCGGUCCAAGUGGAAGGACAAAUAUAAACGCACCUUACUAUUUUUCAAUGUUUAAACUCCUACUGGAGCAAUAA